AGCGUAGACUCAGCCCGAAAGCUGCUGGUAGGAGUUGCCUGUAGGCAGAUGUCGGCGCUGAGGCACGUCGUGUGCGCCCUUUCUGGUGGCGUGGACAGCGCGGUGGCUGCGCUGCUGUUGCGGCGGAGAGGUUACCAGGUGACAGGGGUAUUUAUGAAGAACUGGGACUCGCUGGAUGAACACGGUGUCUGUGCUGCUGACAAGGACUGUGAAGAUGCUUAUAAAGUCUGUCGGAUCUUAGACAUCCCUUUCCAUCAGGUGUCCUACGUGAAGGAGUACUGGAACGAGGUGUUCAGUGACUUUUUGAAUGAGUACGAGAAAGGACGGACUCCCAACCCUGACAUCAUCUGCAAUAAGCACAUCAAGUUCAGUUGCUUUUAUCAUUAUGCUGUGGACAAUCUUGGAGCAGAUGCGGUUGCCACUGGCCACUAUGCAAGGACCUCACUGGAGGAUGAAGAAGUCUUUGAGCAGAAGCACACUAAGAGACCAGAUGGGCUGUUCAGAAAUCGAUUUGAAGUCAGAAAUCCCGUAAAACUUCUCCAAGCAGCUGACAGCUUUAAAGACCAGACCUUCUUUCUCAGCCAGGUUUCCCAGGAUGCCCUGAGAAGAACCAUCUUCCCCCUGGGGGAAUUAACAAAAGAGUUUGUAAAGAAAAUAGCUGCAGAGAAUAGACUCCAUCAUGUUCUUCAGAAGAAAGAGAGCAUGGGCAUCUGCUUCAUUGGUAAAAGAAACUUCGAGCAUUUCAUUCUUCAGUAUUUGCAGCCUCGGCCUGGAAAGUUUAUUUCUAUCGAGGAUAAUACAGUUCUGGGAACACAUAAAGGUUGGUUCCUGUAUACUUUGGGCCAGAGAGCUAAGAUCAGUGGCUUGAGAGAGCCCUGGUACGUGGUGGAGAAAGAUGGCACCAAAGGUGACGUGCUUGUGGCUCCCCAGGUAGACCACCCAGCUCUGUACAGGGACCUGCUCAGGACCAACCGUGUACACUGGAUUGCUGAGGAACCACCUGCUGCCUUGGUCAGAGACAAGAUGAUGGAGUGCCAUUUCCGAUUCCGCCACCAGAUGGCACUAGUGCCCUGUGUGCUGACACUCAACCAGGAUGGCACCGUGUGGGUGACAGCUGUGAAGGCUGUGCGGGGCCUUGCCUUGGGACAGUUUGCUGUGUUCUACAAGGGUGAUGAAUGUCUUGGCAGUGGGAAAAUCCUACGAUUAGGGCCGUCUGCCUACACACUCCAGAAGGGCAAGAACAGAACCAAAGUGGCUCCUGAGGUCUCCAGUGACAGCUCAGGCCUGCACCCCACACCCUGACAAAGCCAAGCUGCUGGGAGGAAGUGCUAGAGCAGUCUGGGGGCAGGUUGGUCAGUCAUGGGCUUGGUGCUGCCAGAAUCAGUGGGCUGGCUGGCUGCAGAGCCAGGGCAGCAUGAGGAAGGAGCAUGCAUCUCUGCACUGGUGCUGCAGUACACCAGAAGCAGUCGCUGGCUGGUGGGUAAGCCUCCAGGGCCCUGAUGGAGCGAGCUGCUCUUCCACAGUGCCGUGCACGGAGGCUGCACAGGAACAGCAUUAAAUAAAACUGUCUGUCAAACAGUCUGA